AGGAAAAUGAGCUCGAAGCAUUCUGCCCUGAAGUUUUCAAAUGACUACGAGUCAAAUUCACUCAAGCUACUGGAACUUUCACCCGACCUAUUAGAGGAAUUGACGACAAAUAGUUCACCUCUAUAUAUUAAAGGCGCAACGGACGAAGAAGCUGUCCUAUGCACUAACAAGAAAACCUAUUCUGUUCGCCAGGUCAAUUUGUCUAAUUCUCUUCUUCUCGCAAGUCAAUCCCUAGACGACACACUUCCUGUAUAUAACAUCAAAGACACCCAGUUCUCGACCAUCGAACUUUUACCGUGUUUGCCUAGAAUCGAAAAAAUCGACACCAUUUUAAAUCCUACCAUGUACACUGGUCCAGAAAACGAAAGUACUGUGCAAGCAAAGGGCCAACUAUAUACAUACGAUAAUCUUCUUUCCCUAAUACAAGCCAGCGAACAAGAACUACAACAGGAAUUGAAUAGGCGGCAUGCGGUUGUUAUUGAUGGAUAUUACCGCUUUAUACAUCCAAGGUACCUUCAUCGUAUCAUCGAUGCAGUGAUAACCUCUGCUGAAAUACAUGACAUGGAGUUGACACGAAUAUCAGUCGAUCAAUGUAGACAAUAUUUGAUGGAGGAGUUUGAGCUAAAUGCGUUGGAUGAGGAUGUUUUGACAAAAUGCCUAGAGUCUGUCAGUGAUGAACAAUCGGCUGCGGAUGGGACAUAUUCCUUUAACGAAACUAAGCUUUGUCGGCUGCUAGGCGAGCGGCUACUAGUGGCUGAGCGUGGAAAACAAUGGCAACUCGACGAGUUUUUGGAACUAUGGCAGAAACGAACUCCACAUCCUUUUGAAGCAAAAUUGGAAAUGCUGAGGGGCUUGUAUAUCAAAACACCAAAGUCGAGGUCAUCUGGCGAGUCCUUGAGUAAUUGGCUCAUCUCAUAUUUCCCUCUGUCCGAACUCCCUGCCGACCCGGCUGGCCGAUUUUCACAUCUGUUCCUUGAACAAAAACAGUGGGCCCCCGAGGACAUGUUGCCAUUUAUUGAAGACCUCGCUCCGGACAAGAAGAAAUUGGACGCGCUGCUGCUGAAAUUCACACGUUCACAGAAAUUAGAUGGACAUGUUGUGUAUGGAAGUCGCAUAAAAUAAAUUACAAUAGAAAAAAUCUGCGUAACCUCGUUUUCGUUAGUUUACAUCAUGCUUUACCCUUGUAUAUUUGAUAAUAACCAUCCUACCAUCAUGAACAGUGGCGUUGGAAUGACGGUGUGGCCGGGCGGAGCUUUUCCAUAAAUGGAUAGACUAAUAAAGAGAAAGCUAUUGAGAUGAGAGC